AUGGACGCCCCAUGGACCGUCGUCAAAUCCAUGGGACCUUCGUUGCGGUCCUUGGCUGAGGUCAUUCAGAAUUGCUACCAGACCGGGGGGUGUAGCUGGCAAGAGGGCGACUGGAGCAGCUGCAGCAGCAGCUGCGGUGCCGGUCUACGGCAGCGCUCGGUGCAGUGCUCCUCGGGCCACGCGGACGACUGCGUGAGCUCUGCACGCCCCACCGGCAGCGAGGCCUGUUAUGAGCAGAGCGGCUGCACCUGGCAGAGCUCCUCCUGGGGCGACUGCAGCGCCAGCUGCGGCUCUGGCUUGCGCACGCGGCAGGUCUGGUGUGACUCCUUGGUGGAUUCAGAUUGUCACAGUCGAACGAUGCCCGCACGCUCCGAGACGUGCUAUAGCACCAGCUCGUGCACGUGGCAGCUGGGGCGUUGGGAGGAGUGUUCCAGCGACUGUGGCACCGGCCUCGAGGCUCGGAGCGUCACCUGCAGCGGGCCCCGUGGGGAGAGCGACUGCACCGAGGCGGCGCCGAACAGCAGCAGGAGUUGCUUCAGCAACAGCAACUGCGCUUGGCAGAUGCAACCCUGGGGCCCCUGCAACGUCUCGUGCGGCAUCGGCUGGCAGGAACGCAUGAUCCAGUGUCCUACGGGAAACGAUGUGGAUUGCCCCACCAAGCCCAGCACCUGGCAACGAUGCUACACCCAGGAGGGCUGCCAAUGGCUGGCCGGACCUUGGAGCGGCUGUAGCGGCACCUGCGAGCCCGGCACGCGUGCGAGGAACCUCACCUGCAGCAGCCAUGAGGAGACCGAUUGCGCCCAGGUCCAACGCCCCUUGGAUCAGGAGAGCUGCAACUUGGACGCCACAGGCUGCCAGUGGACCCUGGGCUCUUGGAGCUCCUGCAGCGCCAGCACCUGCGGCGCCCUGGGCACGCGCGUCCGCUCGGUGGAGUGUCCCUCCCGCAGCGGCGACAGUGGCUGCCCAGUGCCCAAGCCCAGGAGUUUGGAGCCUUGUUUAUCGGAGCAGACCUGUGAGUGGCAGCUGCUGUCAGAGUGGAGCGACUGCGACGCCAGCUGCGGCUGGGGCUGGUCCACUCGUGUGGUCCAGUGCAGCGCGGGCGCCGACGAGGACUGCCCUGGUGAGAAGCCCGAGAGUGAGAAAGCUUGUUACAGCACCAGCGGCUGUCAGUGGUGGACCGGUCAAUGGUCCGCCUGUAACGCCACCUGUGGUUUGGGCCUGGAGACGCGCCAAGUGCUUUGUGGAUCGGAGAGCUGCGACCCAGGCACCGCGCCCGCCUCCGAGCGGAGCUGCCACAGCAACGCCCAGUGCGAGUGGCAGAUCGGUGACUGGGGAGCCUGCAGCACCUCCUGUGGCUCCGGCCACGCCUCUCGCGCCGUCCAGUGCCCCAGCACCGACGCCGACUGCGCCUGGGCACCGCGCCCCCUCGACCGCCGCAGCUGCCGCAACAUCACAGGCUGUGCUUGGUCCAUCUCCAGCUGGUCCGUGUGCAGCCAGAGUUGUGGAGACGGCACUCGGACGCGUAGCGCUGUGUGCCCCAGUGGCGAGGACACCGACUGUAUCACCACUGCGGGCGAGCGACCCUCGCUGCUGGAGAGCUGUCGAGAAGAGUUGGGCUGCGCCUGGAGCAUCGGGGACUGGUCCAGUUGUUCCAGCGCCUGCGGCGCCGGUCGACGGCAGCGGGUGGUCGCCUGCGGCGCCGUCGGGGCGUGCAACGCAUCCACCAGGCCUGUGGACAGCGAGGCUUGUGUGGGCGAGUCCUGUGGUUGGUCCCUGGGCAGCUGGUCCAGCUGCUCCCAGAGCUGUGGUGAAGGUGUACAGGAACGAAGCGUUCAGUGCAUUGAUCCAGAGGGCUGUGGCACUGCACCCCCAACGCAACAGGUCUGCUUUACGACGGAGUCGUGUCAGUGGCAGCUGGGCCCUUGGUCCAACUGCUCCGAUGGUUGCGGCAUCGGCUGGCGCUCCAGGGACAUCCGCUGCGGCGACGCAGGCCUCGUGGCGGAGCACUGCCCUGCACCGCGGCCCGAGGACCGGGAGAGCUGCGAGGCGCUGCGGAGCAGGUCGCGUCUGGGCCCCUCCUGCGGUUGGACCACGGGCCUUUGGUCGGCCUGCGACGCGUGCGGGCCGCAACAACGGGAGGUUUCGUGCCAGGGCAACUGCUUCGGCAAGCCACCCAGUGCCGUGAUGCCCUGCCAGGAGGCUGGAUGCCAGGAGCAAGGAAAUGCCACCGCCAGGUUUGACGUGGAACUUCUCAUCGAGGACGUCUCCAUGGAGCUCCUGUCGAAGCUGAUUGCUGGCACGCGCCAGGCCGUGGCCACGAUGCUGGCGGUGAGCAUCGAAGAGGUCCAGGUGAAGUUGGUGAACGACACCAAGUCCCGUGGGCGCCGCUUGAGCACGCGCUUGAAGCUGGAGGUGGAGGUCACAGGAAGCUCCACCGGCAUCGCAGUGCUGAACUCCCAACAGGGUCAGGAGCUGUUGGAGACGGAGCUUUUGGAGACUUGGGACGCCCAAGGCUUGCCACUGGAGGACUUCAGUGUCAUGCUGGGCCCCGUAGAGACGCUUGCAACCGGCUCGACGACCACGUUGGAGGGGCCUGAGCAAGUGGAGCAAAAGGAUCCUUCCAACAUCUCGAGUCUAGUGAUGGUCGUGGUGGUGCUUCUCACCCUUUGCUGUUCGGGCACGAUGGGCGCCAUCUACUGCUUCUGCUGGUCCAAGGGCACCUCCGUGGUGCCUCAGAGUCCCCUCGCUCUGCCCAGCUCGCCGCCGCACCAGAAAUCAGGCGAAAGCCUGAAGAGUCCCACGGGAGGCAUCUCACCGGCCGCCGUGAGCGAUCUGAGGUCUGCGGCCGUGGAGCACACGGCGCAGGAGGAAGCAGAGAUCCCGCUGCGGAAGGAGAUGCUCCGACCUGCCUCCGUGCAAGUGCGCGUGGUGAACUCAGGAGGAGCCACAUCGCCCGGCAAGGCAGAGGUCCGGGUGGAAGGAUCGGUGAGACCGGCUCGCAGCGCGACGGUGGCCUCCAGCAGGAGUCCUUUGAGCCACGCUCCGCGGCCGGCGUCGCCGAGCGAGCCGCGGGUGGCCCUCACCGCGAGGUCCACGAAGUCGGAACCUCACCGGCUGCCCUUGGAGCCCCGUCCAGGCCAACCCUAA